CUUGAAUAAAUAAUACGGCAAAAUCUCGAUAGCUUUUGUAUUACUAUCAUUCCCAAUAUAAAGUUCUUAAGUGAUAAUUUCUCCAUCAGCUUGGGUUUGUCUUCCGAUGUCUAUGCUAAUCAUUCAUUUUUUUUUGUGCUUAAAUUAACCUUUGAGCAGCCACAUGCCUGUAACUCACGCAGACCUCGUGCGUCAGCGCGCAUUGCUGAAACGCAAGAUCACCCUUGCACUCGGUAAGGAGGGUAGCCCAAAUGUCUCUUCCGACCCCUUGAUACAAACUCUCAAUGAUUUACUGAGUAAGGUGAGCGCUAUCGAUGAAACUAUUAAUGCUGAGCUCCUCGCGGGCACAAGUGAUGAAAUUUCCGAGCAGCUUGACAGUGAACUCGCGAGCCAGACUAAUUAUCACCUGGAAAUUAAAACUAAAAUUGAUAAUCUUGCUACUAAGCCUAAACCUAAGUUCAAUGAGGUCAGCCAUGACUUGAAACUUCCUCAUCUAUCCUGUGAUCAUUUUUCCGGGGAAGGAACAGAUAAUUUGGAAUACCAUAAAUUCAUUGUUCAAUUUAAUAAUAUUAUUGGCUUGAGAACCUCUCUAUCUAAUUCGGUAAAGUUCACUUAUCUUAAAGGCUACUUGCGGGGCUAUGCGCUGAAAUUAAUUAACCAUUUGCAAAUUACUGAUGACAACUAUACAAUUGCACUUGAAUUGCUUGAAGCUGAAUUUUUGAACAGAGAUGCUCUCGUCAGCGAGCUUUACCAGAAACUCCUGGAAAGUAAACCUAAAUUUGAUACAACUUACAUGCAAACAAAAUUGUUCAUUAACGAAGUGCGAUGUUUACUUGCCGAUUUGAAAGUUUAUAAGAAGGACUUGAUGGCAGAACCUGCUAGCAAGCAUUUCAUUUCGCAUAUUAUCUUCAGCAAGUUGCCUAUGCCUGUACGGCAAGAAAUGGUUCGUAAAGUUGGAAACAAUUACCCUGGCAUUGAUGAUAUUUUCAGUAACUACGUUGAUGUAAUUAAAACUUUAACUUUGCGUGCCCCAGCUAAAGAUUUGACCACUUACGAUAAAUCCGGCACUAUUUCGAAGAAACGAAACGACGUAACUGAUGCUGAAAGUAAAAUUUGUGCGACUAAGCCAGUUAUGCUAAAUGCGUGUUCAGCGAUUCGAGGGACCUGUAAAUUUUGUUCGUCCAAGGAUCACUCGAUGUUUAAAUGCCCCAAUUACACGUCGAACGCCGCUAGAGUGCGUAGGUGCAAAGAGUUGCGCAUGUGUUCUAUGUGUUCCAGUUCUAAGCAUGACAGUGGAGCGUGCUCGGCUAAACUAGAUUAUCCCUGUAAUAUCUGUUCUUCGGAUAAACAUAUUUCUGCUUUGUGUACAAAGUAUGUACCCGAGAGAACGUUAGGAAACGUUUGUCUUAAUAACGCUAGUGUGUGUGGAGGCUACGUGCUACCCACCCUAACCAUCAAAGUAUGUCGUGGCAAAGCUGUUUCUCAUGUACGAUGCUUGAUAGACACUGGCAGCCAGAGAUCUUACCUUAAAGAAAGCGUCUUGACCAAACUUGGUUAUUCCCAAGAAGUUGAAGAGAAACCUUACAACGUUUCCUCCUUCCUCAAUUCUGGUGUGCGACAGUUGUCAGAAGCAAAUCUAUCUGUGAAUUUCUGUGACAGUUUGGAUAAUUUUCAAUUGACUUUCUUGAUUGAUAAAAGAUUUUCCCUUGAAUUUUCUGUCAAUGGACUUAAUGAUGCCAUUAAUAAUUUGAAGAGUGAAUUUUCACUGGCAGAUACUGCCUUCUUGACAGGCAGCAGCCAGGAGACCUGCAAGCUGGAUGGCAUUCUUGGCGUCGAUGCUAUUCAAUUCUUUACAAAUUUCUCUCUGAUCUCGUGUCGCAAGGGUGCAGCCUUCCAGUAUUCUGGAGGAAUAAUACCUUUUGGUCAGGUAGAGAAUUUCUUGGACAAACGUCAAAUUAAAUCUUUGACAGAGUCUAAAAUUAGACAAACUGUACUCGAAGAAAGCCAAGUCAACUUCUUGAUUGAGGAUAAAACUCAAAUUUAUCUAUCUGACUUAGAUAACAAUGAUGUAGAUGCCAAACUUGACAACCUCUUCAAGGUUGAAUCCCUAGGUUUGAAAGAAGAGACUUCCGAUUACGACACCGAACAAAUUGCCAAGUUCAGUGAAUCGGUAGAAUUGAUUGAUGGGCAUUAUAACAUUGAAAUUCCUUGGGAUGUUGAUAAACUUUAAACUGUUGAUAAUGGGUUUAAUGUUGCCAUGUCUGUGCUCCCAAAGGUUGCUGAGAAGCUAAAGAAAAAUGACCUGUUCGAUUCUUACGAUGCCGUUUUCAGACAGCAGGUUAAAGACGAUAUCCUGGAAGAAGUAAACUUGCAGGAAAUAAACACAGCCGAGCACACAUGGAUACCUCAUCGUCCAGUGGUACGACACGGAGACCAGGUCACCACGAAAGUAAGACCUGUUCUUAAUUGCAGUUUCAAAUCGAGGGAUUCGCGUUCUUUGAAUGAGUGUGCAUAUCCUGGCGUAAAUUUGCUACAGACCAUCUUUUUCCUUUUGAUUAGCUUGAGGUUCAAUACCUAUUUGAUGCUUUCUAACAUAAAGCAGGCAUUUUUGCAAAUCAAACUUAAAUCUAUCUUUGAUCGAAACCGUUUCUCUGUGCUGUGGUAUGAUGAGUACGGUAAACUUGCUGCUUAUCGUUAUAAAGCCUUGGUAUUUGGAUUUGUGUCCUCGCCAUUCAUUUUGAAUUACAUUAUUAAAUUACAUGUUGCCAAAUAUCCGCUUGAUCUGUGUUCAAAGUUCUUGGCUAACCAUUUUUACGUGGAUAACUUGAUAAUUACUGGUAAUGAUCCUAAUGUGCUGUGCGACCUGUAUAGGGAAUCUUGCCGGCGUAUGAGGGAGGGCGGAUUUGAGUUGCGCUCCUGGUCGUCCAAUUGUCCUUCAGUUAACGCUUUAUUUUCCAGCGACGGUAACGCCGCUGUUCAUGGUUCUGAUCACGAAAAAUUACUGGGUUACCGCUAUUAUGCGGAAACUGAUGAGAUGAAACUUGCUGAAAUUACUCCACCAGACGGUAAGCCCUGCAAGAGAUCUGUCUUGUCAUUUCUUGGCAAACUGUUCGACCCAUUAGGGUUGUUUUUUCCUGUCAUUGCUAGCUGCAAAAUUCUUUUAAGAGACCUAUGGCUGAGCAAAGUUGGUUGGGAUGAUGCCUUGAGUACAGAGAUGUUAGGGCGGUGGCAGAAGCUUACCGCUAAUGUAUUGCAGCUAAAUUCUUUUUCAUUUCUACGUAUGGUUGCGAAAGAUCAGGAUCCAGCUUCAUUAGUUAUAUUUACUGACGCUUCAAAGGUCAUGUAUGGAUUUUGUGCAUACUUAAAACCUACUUGUUCUUCAAGUAAACUGAACUUGAUUUUUGCUAAAGGCAAAAGUGCUCCUCUGAAGGCCAAAACCAUACCUACCUUGGAGUUGUUGGCAGUCUUUUUGGCUCUGAAGUGCAUUUUCAAUUUGCUGCAAUCUCUAGGUCCAGUGAGUUUGCGUGAGCUUCUCAUUUGCGUUGAUUCUCAGGUUGUCCUCUCUUGGAUAUUGUCAGGAAAAGUAAAGUCAAAGAACAUCUUCGCUCGCAAUCGUGUCAGGGACAUUAGACAGUUAAUUGUGGAUGUGGAAGAGAAAUUCAACCUCUGCAUCAAAUUUCGCUACAUUUGUUCCUCUGAUAAUCCAGCUGAUAUGGUUUCGAGAGGCGUUACUGCUGCUGAGUUUCAGAGAAAGUUAGAGUUUUGGAAGCAUGGACCUCAAUUUUUGGAUGAGAAUCCAAUAGCUUGGUCAGCCGGUCAUACUGGAUGUUUCUCUGACCGCACCAUCAGUCUCACAACCAACGCUGCUAUUACUGAAACAAAGGAAUCCUUAUUUGAGAUAAAUAGAUUUUCUUCAUUAAAAACCUUGAUCUCUGUAACUGCAUUCAUUUACUUGUUCAUAGCCAAGAUUCGAAAACUAUCAACCGAUUUCAUGGACUGUGUCACUAAAGCUAAAUUGUAUUGGAUUAAAAGAGAGCAGUCUGUACAUCUCUCUGGGGUCAUUGAAUACUUGCAUUGUCCCUCUAAGCAGGUCCCUAACCUGGUUCGUAACCUUAAUCUUUUUCUUGACCAGGAUGGGAUUCUGCGUGCCAAGGGCAGAUUGGACAAAUGCCAUAAUUUGAAUUACGAACAAAGAAACCCUAUAUUACUUCCUAAGGAAAGCUAUUUAACCGAAUUGUUUAUAUGGGAUUCACAUUAUUCCUGUUGUCACUUGGGUGUAAAGUCCACAUUGAAUCACGUCAGAAGCGGUGGACUCUGGAUUCUGCAUGGCAGAGCCGCAGUGAAGAAAAUCCUGAAUAAAUGUGUCAUCUGCAGGAAAAUUAACGCCUUGCCUUUCAAACAGCCCAAGUUGACUGAUUUUCAUCGUGACAGAGUUAAUUUCACUUUGCCUUUCAGGAACACCGGAGUCGAUUUCACGGGUGCCUUGAAUGUUCGGUAUGGAGAUAAGGUAGUGAAAUUUUACAUUCUGAUUUUCACGUGUCUUAAUAUUAGAUCUGUUCACUUGGAACUUCUUCCUGAUAUGUCCACCGACAGUUUCUUGUUGGCCUUUAAGAGGUUCUGUAACGCUCAGAUCGUGCCUUCUGUUUUGUACAGUGACAACGCAAGCACCUUUUUGAAGGCCGGAAAUAUUCUGUCGAAGCUCAACUUAGAUUGUUCCCUUUCUAAAUUCUUAAUUAAACACAAUAUCAGACACAAAACAAUUCCCUUGUAUUCUCCAUGGGUUGGUUCUUUAUGGGAACGAAUGAUAAGGGUCGUGAAAAAUUGCUUGUUUAAGAGCAUCGGUAGGAAGAAAUUAGAAUAUUUCCAAUUAAUUACUUUGUUGUCAGAUAUUCAAAAUGUAGUGAAUUCCCGUCCUUUAACUUACCUGGAAGACACCGAUGGUCCUAGUUUUAACGUUCUAACGCCUAAUUCUUUCUUGAAACCUCCUCAGGGUGUUAGCGCUGUUGUAAUGCCGUCAUUAGAAGAACCAUUUGUAGCAACCCGUGGAGUUGCUAUGGAGUCUUGGCAGAAUAGAGUUGAAAUCUUUAACCAAUUCAAAGAAAUUUGGUUCGAUGAUUAUCUCCUUUCUCUUAGGGAACUAGGGAGAGACUUGUUUAAUUAUAAAUGGUGCAAUAAGAUUCAUUGCAAUGAAAUUGUGUUGAUAGCUUCACAAACUGAAACCCGGCCAUUUUGGCAGCUCGGUCGAGUAGUUGAAGUUAUUGUCGGGGCCGAUAGCUGCGCUCGAUCUGCUAAAGUUUGUCGUCCCGACGGUUCGGAGGGCAUUUAUUCAAUUAAUCUGCUGUAUCCUCUUGAGCUUUCCAUGGCAGAGGCCGAGGGCGAUCGAGAGGUGGCAGAAGGUGAAGCUGAGGCCGAGAGCGUGCGACUUUCGUUGGAGCGACCACAACGUAAAGCCGCAUUAGAAUCAAUAGCACAAUUUCAGCUCAAUGGAAUCUUCACAGCUUUGUGUGGUGUCUUACUUGCUUGGUAGCCGCAAGACAUGGAUGGUUCCUAGAGUGGGAAGCACCAUGGAACUGAUGCAUCAGUUGCAAAACCUGGAGGGUUGUCCCACAUCGAGCAUGUCUGUGCAAUGUGCUGGUCAUGUUCUGCAGCCUCAUGAUGUUUUGCCGACUGUGGACUCAACCAUCACUGUCAUGCUCACUUUGCCAGGGGGUAAAGGUGGCUUUGGUUCUAUGCUUCGAGCUAUUGGCGCUCAAAUUGAGAAGACGACAAACAAAGAAGCCUGCCGCGACCUCAGCGGCCGACGACUGCGUGACAUCAACCAAGAGAAGAAGCUCAAGGAAGCUCUGCAGAAACGAGCCGAGAAAGAAAGAGAAAGGAUUGCCAAUAGAAAAAAGAAAUUUGAGGCUCUUAAGGAGACGCCAAAACACAUUUUUAGCGAUAGCACUUUCCACCAAGAGCAAGAAGAAAUAACGUCUGCAUUGUUUCAAUCUGUGGAGAAAGGUUUACAAGUCGCGGCUAAGGAAUCUUCUCCGUGCUCGUCGUCCAUAUCACCUCAGUCUAGCUCGGCUGGCUCAGAUGACAAUGAGACCAAAGACUCGCAGAAAAUUACUCAGAAAAGAAAGCUUUCUAAAGAAGAAAAUAUUCAGAAACUGAAAAAAGGAAGAUUUUAUGAUGAUCUUGACGAGUCCAGUGAUGAGUCAGAUUGAACUAUCCCUACUGAGUGUUGACACAGCAUGUCAAGGUAGUCUAAUAUUUUUUAAUGUAGUUUGCUGUUAAUGUCAUCUACUCGUACGAAAGUACAGUUGUAUACCUUUAUUUGAUGUUGUCACUUUUGAUCUUUUGUCUUUACAUGCGUAAUUAAUCGAAAUGAAUUAUGAAUUCAUUACCUGUAUUGCUGAUCGCCUUAUUUCCAGUACGACAUUAGUUAAUUUCUUCCUAUCAUGUCGAUGUCUCGAAACUUAUUGGACUAUUCCGUUGCUAACUUAACCAAGGAGCAAGGACUAACCAGGUGCGAGUUAUCAUUCGGCCAGCGUGUGCUUGUUCUCUGUGUGUGAGUUUUAGUUCCUAUCGACAUGCUGAGAAAUUAUUAGACUAUGUAGUUAAGUAGUUCAACUUAAUCCGUUUCGUCAAGUUAGGUUUUCAUUUCAUCUCAAGUAAACAGUCUACCGAAUCGUGAGAGUGCUGCGUCCGGUUAUAUUGUUUGCUUUAUUAGUACUUCUAAUUGAUGUACACAUGUGUCACGCGGUCUCUAGGAUGAGCUCAAUUUUCUCUGGAUCAUUAUAUAAUACUUGCUUUGUAUGCUAAUUGUAGGUGAUUUCUUGCUUCCAAUAACGACUUGAACUUCUACCAGCUCCAUCUAUACGAGUGGCUUCAUUAACUAACUAAUAACGGCAACAAAGGUACAAUAAACUGUUUACAAUUCACUUAUCUAACAUUACAUUUGCCUUGAAAGUUUUGUAUAAUUAUGGCAUUGGGCGGCACGUCUGAAAAUACUGUACUGGAUAGUGAAUAUUUGAGCUAUCCUUGGAACCCAUUGCAUGCUUGUCUUCGGACGGUCAUGUCUGUGCUCGUAUUCGUUGGUGCAGCUCAUGGAUUAUUCUAUGAUGCUCGCAUUUCGUUCAUAGUUAACUGUUUGUACAACUUCUUGUUCUAAAUAAAUAUAUACUUCU